CACCCUACCAGCCUUUGCUUUAUAUCUUUACUUUUACUAUUCCAUCCAUUCACCAUGGACGCUUCAACUUCAUCAUACCCUCGUUCUAUCUCUCUCUUCAUUUCUCCAUUCGCCGUAUUCAAAAGCUAGGUUUAUUCUGGUGGAUGGACUGAGUGAAAUUUGGGAGUUUUUUGCUUUGAAUUCUAGCUCAUCUCCUGUUCAAAGUACAGGAUAUUUGUGCUCAAAUCUCUUCUUUCCUUCGAAGCAACCUGCCUAGCAGAAUUUCGGGUGUUUAUGUGUUGAAUUCAAUACGAUUUUAGUUGACUCGAUCAAGUAUUUUCCAGCUGAUUUCUUCUUAUUGAUUCCUAUAUUGAUAAUUCCAUCCAAGAAAACUAGCUCCAAUUAUGAGCGAAUUGAGAUGAAUAUCUUGAAUACAAGAGAAUCCGAUGACGAAAAAAGCACAAACAACGGUAAGAAUAUUAUCCCAAACCCUAAUUUAACAACAUCUUCGUGGACAAAACUGAGAGAUCCAAGAAUCGUUCGAGUUUCACGAGCCUUUGGUGGGAAAGACAGACAUAGUAAAGUUUGUACAGUGAGAGGAUUAAGAGACAGGCGAGUGAGGCUAUCUGUUCAAACUGCUAUUCAGUUAUAUGAUCUUCAAGAUCGCCUCGGACUUAAUCAACCCAGCAAGGUUGUUGAUUGGUUGCUCGAUGUUGCUAAGCAUGAAAUCGAUGAACUUCCUCCUCUCCAAAUGCCAUCUGGGAACUUCGGUCAAAAUCUUCAAUCAAUGAUCAAUGUUGCUUCUCACUCCGAAAAUCUUGAAAGUGUUAGAACGAAUACUAAUGGUCUCAAUUGGGAGGAUUACUGGAAUCCCGAUAAAUCUAAGGAGAAUAAAGAUCAUUUCUUUGUUCAAUCGAGUACUCAAUCUUCAUCUUUACCAGUUGUGUGCAACAAUGUUGUUCCAAAUGGUUCUUUCUUGAAAUUGAAUCCUUCAAAUUUGUCAUUAUCACAGUUCGGAAGCUAUGGGUCAAUGGCACAUCAUCAAGAAAAUGCAAGUGAUAAUUUCAAUCAUAUCGCAUACCCACUUCCAUCUCAUGAUCAUAACGUGAGGUAUCAAUUUGAUCCAAAACAACUAACCUUUGAGAUGUUGAGCUCUUCCUCUUCAAGUUCACAUCAACAACCUUUGUCUUCUUCACCUCUAUAUACAAUAAACCAAGGGAUGGUUAGGCCUUUGCACUUGAGUAUGAACCCUAAGCUUUUUCCUUCUGAAGAAAAUGGACAUUCAUGAGCUCCCUUUAAACUUUAAAGUUCUUUUCUUUUACCCUCUUCACAUGUUGUGAAAAGCAUUUGCAUGUGUGUACUUAGCUAAUAAGUUGAUGACUAAGUGUGGUGUGUUUUGCUGUUCAUUUUGUUAACUCUUUUCUAGCUAAAGAAUACUUCAAAAACAAAAUUAUAUAGGUUGCAGCUUGAACUUGUGAGUGUAAGAAUCUUGAUUUUUUCCCCCUAUACUAUAUAUGGGGUUCGUUCUUCAUGUUAAUUCAGAUCAAUUCAUUGACUAGAAGCUUUGUAUGCUCAA